AGAGGGUUAAAUAAGCAACCAACAGCUGGUUCUUCUAUUUACUUAUCUGCUUAUAAAUUGUUGGGUCUUGAGCCUCUUUUUUAAUAUUUACUUUCGAGUAAGUGUUACCAAAAUGAGCAAAUUAGCCUAUACAACUGCGAAUCUUUCUGAUGUGCAGUUGAAGGAACAAGGAAAUCAGUUGUUUGUAGUAAGAAAAUAUGAUGAUGCUGUAAGCUGCUACACCAAAGCGAUUAUGAAAAAUCCAAAUAAUGCAACGUAUUUUACGAAUCGGGCAUUAUGUUACCUAAAGCUGAAAAGAUGGGAAUUAUCUUGCCACGAUUGUCGCCGGGCAUUAGAUCUGGAUUCUAAUUUUCUUAAAGCUCACUUUUUCUUAGGGCAAUGCUUAAUAGAAAUGGAACUGUAUGACGAGGCUAUAAAGCACUUACAAAGAGCAUUUGAUUUAUCAAAGGAGCAGAAACAGAAUUUUGGAGAUGACAUUACUUGGCAGUUACGUCUCGCACGAAAGAAACGGUGGAGUUUGUUAGAAGAAAAAAGAAUAUGUCAAGAAAUUGAACUGCAAACGUAUAUAAAUAGGCUUAUAAAAGAAGAUAUGGAUAGAAAUUUAGCUAGAUUGAAAAUCGACGAAAGUAUUCAUGAACAUGAAUUAAGAGAAAAACAACAAGAAUUUGAGCAACAAUGUGAUGAUCACAUUAAGGAGCUUAAUAAUAUUUUUGCAAAAGUAGAUGAUAGAAGACGAAAACGCGAUGUCCCAGAUUAUUUGUGUGGUAAAAUUAGUUUUGAAAUUCUCACCGAUCCUGUGAUAACUCCAUCCGGUAUAACAUAUGAACGGAAAGAUAUUGAAGAACACCUGCAACGUGUAGGUCACUUUGAUCCUGUGACUAGGGUUAAAUUAACCCAGGACCAACUAAUACCGAAUUUUUCGAUGAAAGAAGUAGUAGAUUCAUUUAUUGCUGAAAACGAAUGGGCUUUAGACUUUUAAAUAUUAUUAAAUCUAUGUAAAUGUAUUACAGAAAAUUUAUAUAUUUGUAACGUUAAGUA